AUGGGGGUUUCCUACGCCUUUGUGAUGCUGAAAUUGUGUGUGGGGUACGGGCUAAAUAUGAUCCCCGUGCGCGAGGCGAUCUACCACGUGGCUAAGGUCGAUACCAAGACGAUUAUAUGGUGGAAACAUGGCUUGAUUGUGAGUUUUAUGGCCACCUUGUCCCUCUUCGGCGGGCUUUUCCUUCCGCGCGUCAAUACGGCCUUAGGGCUUGUUGGAGGAUUCUCCGGAGGGUUCAUCUCGUAUAUCUUUCCCGCCUUGAUGUACAUGUACUCAGGGAAUUGGACACUGCAAAAGGUGGGAUGGUUUCACUUUCUGAUGACCUACAUUCUGCUCAUCUGCGGCGUCGUCGGCGUCGUCUUCGGCACGAUCUCUACUAUCUAUGGUGAGUUUACUGCUUAA